UAUUGCAUCACUGCAUGCAUAAUGCAGCCCUUCUAUGAAUUACUUAUUCUUCUUCAAAUGAUUUGAUUUUCCAUCUGAGUUUUCACGUGUAAAAUUAAUAACUUUUUCAAUAGUCGUUUGGUUCAACUGUAGGAUCCCAUUGGCUAGGUCAUCCCAUGGGAUAUAUCAUUUUGGUAUAAAAUCUAUCCCGGAUAACUAAUAUAUAUAACCAAACACGAGAUAAAUACAAACCCAAAUUCUAUCUCUAAUGGAUAUAUGUAAUUUUUGUUAAUAGAAAGGAGUUUCUAAAACAAAAGUUGUUAUUAUGCUUCCGAUAAUUAAUUUGUAACCUAUUUUCAGUCCCGGGGUCACCAUGUCCGAUCCAGUGGAGGAAAUUGUUCCUGAUUCUUCAGCGAAAGAGGUGCCAGGGACCGUUGAUCACCGUGAUUAUUCUUCUUCAUCAUCCACCGAUGGCGAUGAUUUUCGACGCCCCACCAACGAGAAGCCUCACCUCUUUGGCCGCCAGAAACCUGUCCAUGCCGCCCUAGGCGGUGGCAAACCCGCUGAUAUUUUGCUGUGGAGGAACAAGCAGAUUUCAGCAGGGAUGCUUGCUGCUGCCACUGUCAUAUGGCUGCUCUUCGAAUGGAUUGGUUAUCAUUUGCUCACUUUUAUUUGCCAUUCUCUCAUACUUACCUUGGCCAUCUUGUUCUUUUGGUCAAAUAUCUCCCACUUCGUCAAUAAGACUCCUAUGGAAUUUCCAGAGAUUUUAUUGCCAGAGAAAUUAUGGACUGAGGUUGCUCUCCUGUUGAGGGACAGAUUCAACUGGGCAUUUGGUGUCUUCUGGGAAGUGGCUUCUGGAAAGGAUUUGAAGAAGUUCCUAUAUAGUAUUUUAGGCUUGUGGAUUGUGUCUAUCGUUGGCAGCUGGUUCGAUUUUCUGACCCUUGUUUACAUCUUAUUUGUCAUGCUGUUGAUAGUACCCUGGUUCUAUGAGAAACAUGAAGAUCAAGUGGAUAUCUAUGCACAGAAGGCCAAAAAAGAACUCAAGAGACAGUACAGUCAUUUGGAUGAGAAGGUUCUUCAGAAACUACCAAAAGUUCCUUUUGUUAAAGACAGUAAGCAGCAGUGAUGACAUUCUAUUCCCAGGCAGAUAAAGCAUCACAGUAGGAGUGUCCUUUUUCUUUUUAUAACCAGAACUAUUCUAAGAGUUAUUAUGCUUAUCCAUUUUAACUAUGAGCUACUGCUAAGUGUUUUCCCCCCUCAAUCCCUAUCUAUUCUUUUCUUUCUUUUCUUGUUGGAUAGUUA